CACACACACACACACACACACACACACACACACACACACACACACACAGAGUAAUACUACAUGCAUGACCACUCAAUAAUAAAAUGUCAGACACAAACGCAAGCAAGUCAAGGUCAAAUUGUCUAAAAUGAUUUAUAGUCGAAAAAUGGAUACAGGCUUUGGUUCAUUAGAGCAGGGGGGUGGCGAACCUGCAACCUGUGGGCCAUACACGGCCCAUGAGAGCAUUUGGCCUUGGUCGGUCAUCCAAAUGUAAAUACAAAUAAAAGCAGAGGAAGUGUUAUAAAAAGCCUGGAAAUGUAGUGACCACAAUUGCCCAUAAAAUUCAAUAUUUUGUGAGCUAGUGUGAUGGUCUUUUUUUUCAUAAAUUUAAUAUGGCCCCCAUGGGAGUCUCUCUCUCUUUCUCCCAAAAAAAAAGAAAAGAAAAGAAAAAAAGAACCUCCCAUGAAUGAGACGGUGUUCAUAGAUUGCAAAAAACACCGGCGUGUGUUCUUAGUUAUCCGUUUGACGCAUUGUCAAUGCCCCACCACUGAUUUUUGCUCCCUUUGGAUGUGACACCAUUAAUCAUUGAGGUGAGGCACAUAUUUAAAAUCACAAAAGACUCGAUGUGGCCUGUCUCACAACGAAUCGCCGUGGAAAGCGUGCCAUUUGUUCAAAUACAAACAGGUGAUAAAAAUCGCACGGGCUUAUCUAAAAAUCUGAAACGAUACUCAAUGUUGCUUUAUGUGAUGCACACGAAUAAAUGAAGUUGGGAACCAUGUUGGGUUAUAUUUUUGUAAUUUUAAUGUACACCCGUGUGUCUAUUAAAAGCACGGCACAAAUUAUUACGUAGUCGUGCAGUUUUGUCCAUUCAUCAAUUAUUAAACUUGCUAAGAGAUGAAUUAAUGGAGUGAGCAUGCUAUGGCAGAUUUGAGAUACAUAUAUGUGUUUGUCAAUAUAUAAUAACUCAAUAGUCAAUAUAAAUGUCACUGUAUUUUUUUUUUUUUACUCAAUUCAAUGCCAAAAGGUGAACCAUGUUUAUUUAUUUUGUGUCAUUUGCGUUUCUUUGAAACCCAAAGAAAGGCAGAUUGAAACCUUUGCCUUUAUUGCCCUUCAAUGACCUUCAACCUCGACUCAUUUUCGGAAAUACAGGACGGGGUCAAAGGUUGACCUGCACCGGCAGUCCAUUCUUGUAACUUCUGUCAUAUUUUGUGGCCCCGCUUGUGAUUUUGGCUUUGUCACUGUCGAGGAACCUCCGUAGAUGACGUCAGCAUAAAGGCUCGCGUUUAUCAUUUACCAUAAAAAUGUCAGUGCUGCCUGCAACAGGACAGAGGGAUUCAUGUUUUGAUUUUAUAGUCGUCGUAGAACAAAUCAAUAUUUAAAAAAAAAAUCUGUGCGUGUAUAAAUGCAAUGUUUGUGCAACUGAAAUAGUUGGAAAGCGAGUUUAUCACAUGAGCUCAUUUGCAUUUUUACAUAACCGAGCUGCAGCAAGAAGCAAGUCGCACCUUUCAUGGUUAUUCAUGAGUUGAAUGAUUGUGCAGCACAGAGCUCAAACGUGUUGCAUUAAAUACUUUCCGUAUUUUGUUCCGUAAAAAAACAAACACGAAUGUAGAAAUCACUUAGCUCGCGGUUUGCACAACUUUCCACGUUUUGAAAAUCUGGAAUUCCAAUCAGAAGUUGACGGUAAUCACCCUGGACACACGGUGCCUUUUUCUUUCUUUCUUUCUUUUUCUUUUUUUUUUGAGGGGGGGCAGGGGGGGUCGUGGGUAAUAUUUCCAGAGGAAUUAAAAACCAACUCAGACGUGGGACUGCAAUUGUCUUGUGUUUUGCUGCAGUCAUAAUCAAUCAGCGGACUUUGCAGGUGAUGAACGUUUUUCUUCUUGUGCACUGCCGGUUUGUCUUGGUGGGCCAAGAAAAGCGCCCCGAGCAAUAUUUGGGAGUAUUGCUGGCACUUUUCAAAGCAUUUUCUCUGCUCGAUUUGAAAAGGGUGUCGUGCAGCGAGCGCCCGCGUUGUGCAGACCGCCCCAACCCCUUUUUUUUUAAAACAGACCCCAGUGGCUGUCAAUCACGGCGCAUUCCAGCCAAUCCCAAAGCUCCCAUUUAAAAAAGCCGCUCUGCCUGCUGUGCUUUUAUAUUUUGCGCCGUGGCCUGUUUGCGGGGGCACUUUUACUACCACGGUUAUUGGCACAAAUCAAGAGGGCAAAAGAAAAGUGAGGCGGGAUGGGACUCGCGGCAACUAUGAGCACUCCGGUGCGUCUUUCCGCAGCGAAGUUCACGGCCAACAAUUUCACAUGCAGAUGAUCAAAGGGCAAUUUGGGAGCAGACAUUUUGAAACCUGCUGUCCCGCGUUGUGUGUUUGUUUGUUUGGGAGUUUUUUUUUUUCCUCCAAAAGAAAAAAAAAAUCUCCCCAAUUCGCCGCAUGCAAACUUUGCACCCAAACAUGACAAGCCUGGCUCGCUUCAGUGGCUGCCCUCUCAACCCCGGGGAGAGGAGCGGCGAACCCAGCGUGGCGCUGCCACCUUUGGCAGGGGAGCACACGGGACUCCCCACUGGCACUUCCUUAAAACUCUGCCCCUCGCACUCUUUGCGAGACUACCCCGAGACGAGAUCCAGUGCAUACGCUGACCACUCGCUCCCCCACUUUGCCGAGCCGGGCUACUUAGAGCACAGCGGCCCCAGGGGCUUCCUCCUCGGAGGCGGCAUGCCACCGGGCACCGACCAGCUGGCAUCGUCACGGGGGAACCAGCAUGGCGGGAUGGCGCGCUACCGCGACUUGGCCGGCUGCAGGGACGCCAGAACCGGCGCCUUUUUCGCAUGCGGCUUCCAGGAGCAGGCCUCCGGCAGCGAGCCCGGCCAGAUGAUGCUGAGUCUACCUGGGGACCUUCUCACCCGUGGCCACCCGUACGGGGGCGCCGUGAGUCCCAAAGGGGGCGGCCAGCAACUCGUCACGCAGCUCCUGGGGCUCUACAAGCCCUUCGCGCACCGCGGCGGAGCCGGAGGCGGAGGCGACGCGCUCCUCAGGUGCGCCAAAGUCAAGAGCGAGCUGGUGUGCAAGUGGUGCUCGUCGGACGGGCCCGGCGGCAAGGCGGCGCCGUGCUCUCGAGCCUUCGGGACCAUGUACGAGCUGGUCAGCCAUGUGACCGUGGAGCACGUCGGUGGAGCGGAGCAGGCCGAGUACGUGUGCCAGUGGGAGAGGUGCGCCCGCGACAGGAAGCCCUUCAAAGCCAAAUACAAGCUGGUCAACCACGUCAGGGUCCACACCGGGGAGAAACCCUUCCCGUGCCCCUUCCACGGCUGCGAGAAGGUCUUCGCCAGAUCGGAAAACCUCAAAAUCCACAAGAGGACGCACACAGGUGAAAAGCCUUUCAAAUGCGAAUUCGACGGCUGCAACCGGAGGUUCGCCAACAGCAGUGACCGCAAGAAGCACUCGCACGUCCACUCCAGCGACAAGCCGUACACGUGCAAAGUGAGGGGCUGCGACAAGUGCUACACGCACCCGAGCUCCCUGCGCAAGCACAUGAAGCUGCACUGCAGCGGUGAGGCUCGAAGCGGUGCCAACGCCGCUUCUGGUUCGGCUGGUUCCGCUGACUCGCAUCCGGGCGAUCCCGGCUCCGAGUCCCCGCUGCUCAGCCCCACCCAAGACGUGACCUCCUUGUCCCCGGGGAGUCCGGACGACUCGAGGUCACGUCUCUCCCUCGGCUUCGACAACAGGUCGCAGCCCUUGUUGGACGCGCUGCUGCUCCAGAGAGGCUCUUACAGCACCGGAAGCGGCGGCGGCGGCCCGAGGGCCCAGUCCGCCCAGUACCAUUGCAGCCAGACCGGACACACUUUCCAGCACCAGAGCGCCCCGUGCAGGACUUUCCCAUCAGCCCCGCACUUCCAGAAAGGCUUCAUCAACGGGUGGUAUACGUGUCACAGUGGCGUGGACUCCUAACCGUACGUCUGACGAGCAGUGGACAUUUCAUUAGGUACACCUGCAGAAUUCAAUUCCAUACAUUGGUAAGCUGUCUCGAGCAUAUAUAUAUAUAUAUAUAUAUAUAUAUAUAGUUUAAAAUAUAAAGUUGUCAAACCUGAAGUCCAUGGGCCAGCUCUGGCCCCUUCACAUAAUUUUAUGUGGCCCACUAUAGCAAAUCCUGUGCCCCCCGACCUCCUCAAAUCUGUCCCAAGAUUGCAAAUUGGCUUCACUUAAUCGUGAAGCGAUAGCAUUUUUGUGAACUAAAUCCCAACCUUUUGAAAAUAAUGUGGAAAAAUAGUUGAAAGAGCUUCGACUAUUUUCCUCUACUUCUGACUUUUAAGAUUGAAGAUGUUUAUUUGUCAUACG